GGAAGUCCCGUACGUACGUGCUCUCGUGGUCUGCUGGACCUCGACGCAGUGGGCGCUGGCUGUCUGGCUGGCUGGCUGCCUCUGUGCCAUAGGACCUCGUCGUCGUCCCUCGGUGCGUCUUGGUGUCGAGGAGGAGGAGCCUGAAGUCCCAGGGGCUGCUGCACAUUGCGUUGGACAUUGCGUCCCGAGUACUCUUUCUCGCUCGGCUGCGAAUUCUUUCACGAGCCGGUUGACCUCUGCGGAGAUUUUGGUUAGGUUAGUCCCCGGCGUGUGUGUGUGAUCGAGCCUUGAGGCGUCGGAAAGGGUUUUUUUGUCGACAUGAAUUGACUCCGCGAGGGCCACGAAUUCGAGUUACGGAAGAAGCCGAGAAGGCCUUUUCGCGGGGACAGAUUUCUGGAUCUCUGUGUAACUACAUGUCGGAGGGUAUCCUCGUAGCGCCUUCGUGAUUUUUCUACCGUGUAGAGUAGAGGUGGACGGGAGGGAGAGAGGUGUGUGAAGGUUGUGUUUGUGCCGUGCCUGGCCUGGCCUUGCCUUGCCCUCGGUAGUGGGAGGCAGGGGGGCACGAUGUUGCGCGUAGGGCUCCUGACCCUGGGUCUGGUAGCGGCUACGCUCGUGGUUGUUUCAGCGCUCACGAAUGGCAAGGGCGAGCCCGAUGCCAAUGUCUCGUAUUCUUUCGAAUCCGUCGUGGGUGGUAGUUUAGACAGGAAGCCAGCCAGGGGAGGUGCGGAGUACGCGCAGGUUUUCGUCAAGCAUACGUCGUGGAUCAAUUCGAUAGUCUUGUAUCCCUUCCUGCCGUCUAGUCUUAGAGCUACAAUUCCCCACAACGUACAGUCAUGGCUUCGCAACUACAUCGCGGGCAUUUUCAUCUACUUCCUGUCCGGAGGUCUUUGGUGCCUCUGGGUUUACCAACUGAGGAAGGACUAUUAUUUUCCGAAAGGUAACAUCCCUACCAAGGAACCAAUCAAGAUGCAAAUCGUGGUAUCUAUGAAAGCAAUGCCCUUGUACACCCUGCUUCCAUCACUAUCGGAGUACGCCAUAGAGAGGGGAUGGACGAGAUGCUACUCGGAGAUCGAGGAAGUUGGAUGGCCGAAUUACAUCGUCUACAACAUUCUGUACAUGGCAUUUAUAGAAUUUUUCAUCUAUUGGAUGCACCGCGGACUGCAUGAUGUCAAACCUCUCUACAAACUCUUGCACGCUACUCAUCAUAUCUACAACAAAGAGAACACAAUGUCUCCAUUUGCAGGUUUGGCAUUCAAUCCUUUCGACGGAAUACUUCAGGCUUGUCCGCACGUCUUCGCGUUGUUCGUGAUACCCAUGCACUUCUUCACACACGAGUUUUUAUUCUUUUGUGAAGCCAUCUGGACUACAAAUAUUCAUGACUGUAUUGACGGCAACGUCUUUGCCAUCAUGGGAGCUGCUUACCAUACGAUUCAUCAUACUACGUACCGACACAACUAUGGGCACUACACUGUUUUCAUGGACUGGCUGUUUGGCACUCUUCGAGAUCCAGAGGAGAGGAAAUUACAAGAUUCGAAAUCGUCUUAAGUGUGCCGUGAUCAUUGACAAGUUGUUUACAUGUACCCUAUUAUUUUGUUCUGCCCCCAUCGGAUCUUGCCCGAAUUUGGAAUAUCAGCUGUAGACAAUAGAGGAAGGAAGGUGUGACAUCCAGUAAUGAAGGCAAGUAUUGUGCGACGAGAAAUUGACAUGGCUGACGCCUGUGGAGCCCAAACAUUGUUUUGAGGUUCGCUCAGUAGUCCCAACGAAGGGAUUGGGCUGGUGUAUCCGCGAAUAUUUGUGUUGUAUGUGUACAUCAUUCAGGUGACAUAGAUUCGCAUCAUUUCUGAAGGUUACGUUGGGCUCCAUGGUCAUCAAACAGGAAUCACUUCUUUGCUGGUUUCCUUCUAUUCCUAUCUUCCAUUAUCCCUUCCCUUCUCAAGUUUCUCCGCAGUGGAUUUCGAAUCCUUAAUUCCAUCCAAUGAGUAUCAUCACUUGUUCGUUCAGAUCUAACUCUCUCUUUCCUGGUCUUCUCUACCCCGUUAGUAUCAAUUUCGUUUAUAACACUUGAUUUGUACAUCUCGUAACUAAUUAAGAAUGAGACCUCACUCAUUCAAUGAGGGUGAGCACGUUUCAUAUGGAUUAUCACUUUGAAAGAUAGACAUAGUCAACUUUUCAUUAUAUGCAAAUCACGUAACAAUCAACACAUGUUCAAAACGUGUCUUUCCUCUAAUCGGCUAAAACUGAAGCUAAUUUAUCAAGCUAGAAGAUACAUCAACAAAGUUGUCGCUAACACCAACAUAAGUCUCAGCUUAACAAGUCGUCUGAAAACCUUUCUGUAAACUGUCGACAAUUCUCGACCCUCCCAUCGAUGUGAGUGAUCGACACUAACAAUCUUCAUAGAAGCUACCUUCAACUGGUCCAUAUCUUGACAAAUACAUCUCAAAGUCCAGGUAUUAUCAUGAAUCUUCGAGUAAACCUUAAUAUACGAAGCGAUUUCUUGCUCCUAGCGUUGUGGGAAUUGCUUAAGUCAUGAAAGUUGAUAAUCAACCAAUCAAUUCAUUGCUUCUCACAAACUGGGAAGUUGAAGGAGUCAUUCAACUUGCUGUUUCAGUUUUUAAUUUCUCUCUCUCCUUCUUUGCUCUCCCUCUCUCCCUUGCGAGCUUAAUGGCAAAUUUGUGCACAUAAUGAUCAGACUAGCUUUGAGAAAUUUGAAGAGGCCAGUGUAUAGCAGUACAGUUCAUUGUUCACUUAUGAGGUUUGAAGCGGGGAGUUUAUGAGAAAGUAAGUUCUGGCACGUUGAUGAUGCUCAACGAGACCAUCUCCCACAGAACACUUUUCUCGAUAAGUAGUGACCAUGCACUGAUAAAAUUUAUUUGUUUAAGCACGUUCGACUCACGCCGUGUAAUGCGAGAAUGUGGGUCCUAUUGAUUCGCAUUGUUGCUUUCGUGUUCCUUUAGUUUGUGGCCUUUCUGAGCCAGUAAAGUUGCAUUUACACUUUGGCCUUUUCUAAAGACUCCGGAUUCUGCUAUUCUUACAUUAACUCCCGAUUCUCCCUUCAUGUACAUCUAGCUGCUUAUCUCUUGCGCUUGCUAAGAGAGAAA